UAUAUGUAUAUAUACAUAUAUAUAUUCCUAUGUAUGACCUGCUCAGCCUGUAUAAUGUUGCUUGUAUGUAUGUCUUCAGGGACCCUUCCACUAUUUGCGGGCCUCUUUCUCAGCUAGUCUUCAUCUGCCAUUCAUGUCUUUUUUGAGUGUGAGUAACAAAUACUCAAGGUGGGUGAGAACAUGAUUCUCUCCUUAUGAUGUGUGGUUAUGAAACACAGAUAUUUAGCAUCUUCUGCCACAAAGAGAGUUUUUAGAUAUAAUCUCCACUAAUGGGUUAUAAUUCCAUGAUUUGGACAUUUGUCUCUGUGAAAGCAAUGUGAGUAUAUUUUUAACAAGUUAUGGACUCAUGUUUUAAAUAAAGGGUAAAGUACAAAUGCAUUACAGUAUCUCUCUGUUUUUGUGUUCCACACAAAACUCAAGCCUUAUGCAAUCUGUGUGUAUCAGACACUACUGGUUUUCAUGGAUCUGAAAAUGGAGUAUAUAGAAGCUUUGGAAUAUAAGCUCAGCUUUGCCAUUUUGUAGGUUUAUGUUUAGGUCAAGAAAAAUUUUUCUUUGAAGCUUGCUUCAGUCUACCUAAUACUGUUGGUAAAGUACCAACCUCGGUUCUGAGAAAAUGAGAAAACAUUACCUUUAGUGCUAGUGACAAGAGCCUCAGGAAAUAAUAACUAUCCAGUUGAGCAAGAAAGGAAUAAUGGGUUCUUUCUGAUACUUGUCAGUCUUUCCAGAGGCUAAGAUGUUCUGGUCUCUGAUCAAAAUGUUCUUCAGCAUGUAGCACAAGACAAAUCUUUAGACCAUCCCUUGCUCAUUAUGUACAAUUUUUUUUCAUAAUUUCCAUAACUUCAUGAAUAAUCAGGAACAUAUUUGCCAUGUCACUGUGAAAAGUUAUGAUCAUUAUAAAGAGGAUUAGAAGAAUACUUUUUAACAAAGAAGGUAAGAUAUAAAUAAUUCAAGAAUGAACGAACUCUCAGACACAAAUAUCACUCUAUAAAUAAGAGGUAUGGGAAAUAACCUCUCAUUCUCAGAAAAGUGUAUAUAUAUUCUUUUUCUAGUUCAAAACUGUGUUAUGAUAGAAAAUAAGUAACUUCAAACAGUACCAAUUUCUCUCCCAAAUUAGGCUCCAAAUGCAAAAGCAACACUUCAGAGUCACUAGGAUGGCAAAGAUUGAAAAGAGAAAAUAAAUUUUGUCUUCUGGAUUGCUAUCUCCUAGUUUUCUAUUCAUAUACAAUGAAUUGUUCUGUAAUUGGGCAAAGUCAAUAAUUUCAAAUGAAUAUAUGGGUAUUACUUUACUGUCCAUGUCUCAAAGAGAAAAGGAUAGAGAUUAAAGAUAACAAAGUGAAAAUUUUUCAGAUUGGCUGUCUUUUUUGCAAAGCCAAAUUCCCCCAAAAGGCAACACUUUUAGAAUGACACCAUGGAACACAAUCUAAGAUAGACAUUGAGUCACUCUACAUUUAGGACAAAAAGAUUUCACUGUGUCUGAGAGUUCUUUCAUUCUUGAAUUAUUUAUAUCUUCCCUUCUUUGUUAAAAAGUAUUCUUCUAAUCCUCUUUAUAAUGAUAACUUUUCCCAGUGACAUGGCAAAUAUGUGGAGGAAGCAUGUGUAAGCAGACAGAGUAGGAGGAGCAGAAAGGGAGAGUAUAAAGUCAGAAGCAAGGUUUGCUCCUGUGUGUGCCAUCUGCAGGCAACUGGAGGUGAUGAGACAUCUUGUGGGCUGGCUGGUUUUAGCUGUCUGCAUGUAUGGACUGGAUGCAGAAUUGAUCUCUCAUUUACAUCCCCCCAAACAAGAAAUUUCCAUUGCUAACUGUGUCUUUCCAUUCGUCUAUGGUGAUGAAGUCCACUACAAUUGUAUUUCCACCCACAGUGACUUCGACUGGUGUUCCCUUGACUUUUACUUCCAAGGAAGGUGGAGAUACUGCACAGCACUGGAUCCUCCAAUGUGUAUCUUCCCUUUUCAAUUUAGAAAAAAGUUUAUUAACGAAUGUACCAAGGAAGGCUACAUUUUGAAUCGGAGUUGGUGUUCACUGACUGACAACUACAACAGAGAUAGGAAAUGGAAGCAAUGCUCUCCUUACAAUUUUUAGGUAAACAUGGGUGUUUUUGAAGAGACAGAAGUUACAAAUCCAUCAGAUGUCUCUCCAAAUAUAAUUCUUUUAUCAUUACGGAACAUUCUGAUAAUAAAUGCUUGUUCUCU